GUAAAACCACGCUACCCUAACCUCAAACCUCUGCACAUAUAUAUAGUCCCCCCAUUUGUUCCUGCUUUUUUCGAACGCUUUUACUUAAAAUUCCUUUUUCCUUUUCUGUUUACUUCUCUGGGUCAUAAUUUUUUUUGGGAUUUUUGUUUAAGCUUUGUGGGGGGAGGGGGGGUUGCCCUUUUAACUAUGGCUUCAACGUUGUUACUGGCUCUGGUUUUUGUGAUUGAUCUUAUUGCUUUUGGACUUGCUGUUGCUGCUGAGCAAAGGAGAAGCACUGCCACUGUUGGCAAUAAUGGGAAAGAAAGUUAUUGUGUUUAUGAUAAGGAUAUUGCAACUGGCUUAGGUGUAGGUUCAUUCCUUUUCCUUCUACUCGGUCAGAUACUAAUCAUGGUGGCGAGCCGAUGCUUAUGCUGUGGUAAAGCCAUGAAACCUAGUGGUUCUAGAGCAUGGGCAGUUGUACUCUUCAUCACUUGCUGGGUGUUCUUUCUCAUCGCGGAGGUAUGCUUGCUAGCAGGGUCGGUCCGUAACGCAUACCACACCAAAUACAAGAAUCUCUUGGAUAAUCCUCCAUCAUGUGCAACGUUGAGAAAAGGUGUGUUUGGCGCCGGGGCUGCAUUCAUUUUCUUAACGGCCGUAGUUUCCGAGCUUUACUACGUUAGCUACUCGAAAGCAGCUAGGGAUGAGAAGCCUAACAACUAUGGUAGGGACACUGGAGUGAGAAUGGGAAACCUAUAAGAUGAGUAUAUAUAUAUGGUCAUUGAUGAUCAUAUGAAAUAUUCUUAUGUAGUAAUUCAUUGUUAAUUUGACCUUGGUGUGUUUUUGGUAACAUGUGUGAUUGACUAUACAUUGAUCUUUGACCAUGCCCA